GCUGGGGAGCGCGAGCGAGGGCGCGAGCUCUGCCGCGAGAUUUAGCGGCUGAGGGUGGGGGGCGAGGGAAGGGGUUGGAACGGAAGGCUGUUUGCUUCGCUCCCGCGCGCGCGGGUCUUUGGCCUGGGCUCCGCCUCCUUGGUGAAGGGAAGGGAAGGAUGGGGGAGUCGCGCGUGAGGGGAUCUGUGCACUUCGCUUAGCUGCAGCCCCGUCUCAGCGGGGCACAGUCGUGAGGCCUGCACGGGCACUAGCACGCAUGCACCGAGUAUGCACCGUGCACGUUUCUUACAUGGUUACUCGCACGGAGCCGCCAAUACUAUUUUUUUCUUCUUUUUUGCCUACAAAACGUGCACGUUAGAAUCGCAUGCUCUUUUUCUACGUUUAACUCAGUACGGGGGGACUAGCUUGGAAAUCGGCGUCGUUUUCCUGGUAGUCAUUUUGAUCUCCCCAAUAAACAGACUUUUAAUGCUUCAGAACAUUUAAAUGUUAAAGGAUUUUGUUCUUUUUAUUGGUGCCUGUACCAUUCGUUACAAGAAAAAGCUUCUUAAAAACAUAGCACUGUUAUUUAUAUCGGUAGGUUCGAUACGUACUUCCGAAAGCUCAUUAGCAAAUUUCAGGAGUUGAACAUAAAGUUGAAUAUUUAAUGUGUGCUGAGAAGGUAAUGUUUUGGGAUUCGCUUUUGAAUCGGUAUUCCAAUUUUACCUUACAGUAAGCUUCACUGAACCUACCGACUUGCUUUUGAUUUAAAUAAAUAUGCAUAGAAUUGUUUUAUUCUUGGUUUAGUUCCUUUAGCUUCACAUUUAAAAAAAAUAUAUCUCUGGAUUAUCUGUUAUCUUGGUGAGUUUGCUAUCAGGAAAGAUAUCUUAGAAAAUAAUUGAGGAAACCCCCUUAGAGAUUUAUCAAAAAGUUAGUAAAGGAUGGUGGAGUUCAUAUAUCCCCUAAAAUUGAAAGAUCACUUGAGAAAAUUUUAUGCAUGUUUCCAGGAUACUCAGUGGUAACAUUUUGUCUAGGCAUUCAGAAUGCAUGAGAAAGAGCUCUGUAUAUUGUACAGUAUUCAUAAUGCUUGAGAGAUUAGAGGCCCAAUCAAGAUUUUAUCUCUCAUGAUGAAUCUCUGUGAGCAUAGAAUCCUUUUUGUAUGCACUUAAAGGCAUGAAAAAUUAUCUGACUCAACAGUCCAGUAAAGAAAAAAACAACAUUGUAUGUCCUUCUAUGUUCAUCAGUUAUUUUGCAUAUUCUGGAGCUUUUUUUUUACUGAUCCAAGCAAAAGUGAAAUCAGAGAACUGAUCCCCCCCCCAAAAAAAAAUACAGCAUUGAACUAAUUGAACUAAUCCACUAUUAUAGUCCAGAUUUAUUUAUAGGGUAAAUUGCAUGUCUCCACAUGAAUUCUAGUCACUUCUUGUCAAUGCAAACAAUGUUUUGUACUGGAUGUCUGAAUAAGAAAUUUGCAUAUGUGAACCAGGGGUGGUUCUUGAUUUACAAAUCCUAAUUUAGAAUAAUGGUAAUUGGAUAAUCAGAUAAGCUAGGAUCAAUAGUUUUAGAUGGUAGAAAUUCUGCAGUAUGUGGAAAAGAGCAAAAAUGUGAAUAUGAAAGGUGCCAACAAACAACUUUCUGUCAAUAACCAGGAUCCUACUUUAUGAUUUUUAUAGACCUGGCUAUUGGUUAACUAUUGUACUAAUAUGAAUAGGCCAAUCCUAAACUUGUAAAGGAAAAAAAGCUUUGGAGGCAGUUAAAUUCAGAGAAGAAAAGUCUUUGGUAAAAAAAAUGUUGAAAAACAGAGUAAUUUUCAGUCCAUUUGUGAUAUCAGACAGUUGAUCAGUUUCUUGCUUUAGACAAAUGUGUACAUGAUUGCAAGCACCUGUGCCUAACUGGUAGUAAGCAAAUGCACUUAUUUAUUUAUUUUAAUUCAAAAGGUAUUCCCAAUUGCUGUCAGUUCUCCACAACAGACUAAAAUGCUACUUUUGCUGUGGAUAACAUCACCUAGAGCAGUAAGGGAGCUGUUUAUUUUGCAUUUUUGAGGAAAAUAUAAUGAAAAGACAUGCAAAGUAUUUAUUAAGGAAAAUUCCUGUCCAGGAUGACCCUGUGUUAAUGACAUGAGUAGAAAUAACACAGAGAAAUAAAUAACUUGCUUUGAAAUUGUGAAACAAAAAUAGAAUCUAAGACCACAGCUUUAGUAAAAGUACUAUCAUUAAUUUUUUAUUUCCUAACUGCAAAAUAUCAAUUCUGUUAGGUGGCUAUCAAUUAAAUUAGGAUAAAAGUGUUGUACAUUAAGAGAAAGAAUAUUGACUCGACAUAAGAUAAUUUCUGUUGUAUUUUGUGCCAGUUUGUCACGUCUACUAAAUGAACCACUAGGAAUCACUAAAAGAUGGUAUUAAAUUUAGGGAAGCCACAAGAAAUCUGGAGAGGUUCCAUUCAGAAAACAAUCAUGAGGACCAUAACCAGCAACAAAAGUUGCAAGUCCUUCAAGUUCCCUCUCUUGCUACACCUUUGUUCUUUUCCUGGGUGCAGGGAGUCCAGGAUAACAUUCUGCUUCCAAAACAUUGCUCAGAUACUAAGGAAAGAUCUUUCCUUGUUCAUGGAGUUUUUCAUCAGUAUGUCUGAAACCAUUAAAUAUAAUGACGACGAUCACAAAACUGUGUUUCUGAAAACAUUAAAUGAGCAACGAUUGGAAGGAGAAUUUUGUGACAUAGCUAUUGUUGUAGAAGAUGUAAAAUUCAGGGCACACAGGUGUGUUCUAGCUGCUUGUAGUACCUAUUUUAAAAAACUUUUCAAAAAACUGGAAGUUGACAGCUCAUCUGUAAUUGAAAUAGAUUUCCUUCGAUCUGAUAUAUUUGAGGAAGUGCUCAAUUAUAUGUACACAGCCAAGAUUUCAGUUAAGAAAGAAGACGUCAAUUUAAUGAUGUCAUCUGGUCAGAUUCUUGGUAUUAGAUUUUUGGAUAAACUUUGUUCUCAAAAACGGGACGUAUCAAGUCCAGAAGACAAUUCACAGUCAAAGAAUAAGUAUUGUCUUAAAAUUAAUAGACCGAUUGGGGAGUCUAAUGAUAACCAAGAUGAUGAGGUUGAAGAAAUUGGCGAUCACGAUGAUAGCCCAUCGGAUAUGACAAUGGAAGGAACUCCUCCUAGUCAAGAGGAUGGUAAAUCGCCAACUGCUACUUUGAGAGUUCAGGAAGCAAUUCUGAAGGAGCUGGGGAGUGAAGAGGUUCGAAAAGUGAACUGCUAUGGUCAAGAAGUAGAGUCUAUAGAGUCUGCUGAAACGAAAGAAUUGGGAUCACAAACUCCUCAGGCUUUAGCAUUUAAUGAUGGCAUAAGUGAAGUUAAAGAUGAACAGACACCAGCAUGGACAACAGCAGCUGGAGACAUGAAAUUUGAGUAUUUGCUUUAUGGUCACAGGGAACAAAUCGCAUGUCCAGCAUGUGGCAAAACAUUUUCUGAUGAAGCACGAUUGAGAAAACAUGAAAAACUCCAUACUGCAGAUAGGCCCUUUGUUUGUGAAAUGUGCACUAAAGGCUUCACUACUCAAGCCCACUUGAAAGAGCAUCUAAAGAUCCAUACAGGCUACAAGCCAUAUAGUUGUGAAGUAUGUGGAAAGUCUUUUAUUCGUGCACCAGACCUAAAAAAGCACGAGAGGGUUCACAGUAAUGAAAGACCAUUUGCAUGUCACAUGUGUGACAAAGCUUUUAAGCAUAAGUCCCACCUGAAAGAUCAUGAAAGAAGACAUAGAGGGGAGAAACCUUUUGUCUGCAGCUCUUGUACUAAAGCAUUUGCCAAAGCAUCUGAUUUAAAGAGACAUGAGAACAAUAUGCACAGUGAAAGGAAGCAAGUAACCACAGCCAGUGCCCUCCAAAGUGAAACUGAACAGUUACAGGCAGCUGCCAUGGCUGCUGAGGCAGAACAGCAACUUGAAACUAUAGCUUGUAGCUAAAAAGAGGAGUGGCCAAAUGCUGAAAAAUGUUCGGACUGAAAAAUUCACUACUGAGUAUUUUAGCGUGAUUUAGAAAGUAGAAAUAUAGUUGCAGUUUGCAGCAAAAAAACCUCUCAUAUCAAGCAUGGAUAAGACCUUAAUCAAGGUAUCCGUCCAGUUGGAUAUAAAUUUUUUAGAAGUCAGACUAGCUGUGUUUUAUUCCUCUCUUUAAAGUGCUGGGUUUCAAUGCAUGCUUUGCCCCAUUGGAAUAAACUCUGCAUGUGGAAUGGAAGAUGUUACACUCCGAUGCUCAGUGAAAUUAAGUCUUAAGUAUUUGGAUUUAAGCUACAUUUGUUUCAUUUAAUCCAGUUGCUUGGCACCUAAAUAUGUUGUUUUAUGAUUUAAGAAGAUCCUAAAUUAGAGAUUGUCAGCAAUGGUGGGAAAUUAUAGGAUAAGUUGCCAAGUCAAAAAUAAAUACUUGUUAGAGAUUCGUUGCACUGCAAGUGCUACGUAGCUGAGUCUCAUGGAUUUCAGCAAAAAGUAGUACCAUGUGAGUAAAACAAGAUUAGAUUAAUUCAAAAUGUGUUGAUUUAUUGGCCUACAAAUUGUGCUGUUAGCAAACAGUUUGAUAAAUUAUGUCUACUAUAACAGGUAUUUUUUAAAAAAAUGGGAAAUUAUGAAUUUUACUGAGUACAAGAAUUAAUUUGUAGGAGGUGACUAUUAAUUUCCAAUAUUCUAAUCAAAAGUAAUGAAAUGUAAUUAGAUUUCAUAUUUUAUUUUGUUGUUGUUUCUCUCCAGUUUAAUCUACUGUCACUAUUGAUAAAAGGUGCAUGAGCAGUAGAAACUAUAGUGGGUUUCCUCCCAUAAAUGGGUGGCAGUGAAGCUGCAUGGAGCUUUUCAUUAACUGAUAUGUUUUAGAUGCAAAAUGGCCAACGUUUUAAGUAGCGUGAAUUUUUUUAUUCCUCCUCUCCCACAGAAAUAGAAAUAGGAGAUAUCAGGCCUGAAAUAACACCAUGAAAUUUAGGCAUCUUCUUAUUAUAAAUUUUAUUUUUAAAAAACACAACAAAUAAUAAAAAUUGAUGCCUCUUCCAGUGUCAUUGCACCAUCUGGUUGCCUCUUGAAGUUCUCCUUAUGAAGGAAAUGACUCUUAAACCACUGCCCAUCUCUAAUUAAACGACGACUACAAAACAUCCUGAUGUUUUUCUUAUCUUUUCUGAUCACUGUACUUUGCAGUCUUAUUAACACAUAUUUCACAUUAAGCUUCAUUAUACUUAUUGAAUUUGCUCAUUGCAAGCAUACAUGCCUUUUUAUUUGAAGGCAUGGAGGAAGUGUAUAUUUGUUAUGAACCAUGGACAAAAGUUUUCAGGAAUAUUGCUUUAACAUCGGGCGCAACCCACUGGGACAUCUUGACUAAAUUGGAAGGAUUUCCUCUUAAGAUUCAUACUCUGCAACCAUUCUGACUCUUCCUUGGCAGCUUUUAGGUUUAGCAAAUCUACUAAGACUUGUUUGAUACCUAUCUAUCUGAUAGUGGCUUUUUGCUUUCUCUGCCCUGACAAAGAAAAGAUUGCUAGCUGAAUUGUCUGCAGUUUCCUUUAAUAAUACUUAAGAUUUUUCCCCCUGUAUUAUAAACAAAAAGGACAAUUGGGAGAAAUGUAGAAUUCAAGUACAAAUCCUUGCUAAUAAGAUUAUAAUACCCCAGGAUUUGGGGAUAUUUAGCAAGAAUUAAAAUUGUCACUAUUGAGGCAGCAUAAUUAUCAAGGGUUCAUAUUCUAGUGCAGAUAGCACAAUGGAGUUAAGGCAGUAAGUGUAAGAAAAAGAUAUAAAGAAGAAGCUAACAUGACCCUGAAAAUAAAUUGAAAGUAAAUUCAUUUCAGUCGCUUCCAAUUAAUGAAUAAAUUGUUAGGACUUAUUUUUGCUGUUCUUGAACACUAGAUAAGAAUUAAUUCUAAUGUUCCUGAUAGUUCGGUGAGUCAGAAAAGUUAAACGUAGGUUUGAAUUCUGGGCAUUGUUCCAAGAGAAAUCAAAGAUUCCAGCUUUGAUUGUAUGGUAUCUUUUUCGGUAUGGAAGUGGAGUCCUGAGCCCCAAAUAAACUUUAAAUAGCAUAGUGUCAAAUGUUGGCAUCUCAGGCCUUUAGUGACUUUUCCAUGAAACUUGGAAAAAUUGGAAUAAUGGAUUUUAGUUUGGAAAAACAGAACAAUAUAGUUAUCACAUUUGAGUGGAAGAAUUUAGAAUUAGACAAUUGAAUGUACUUUUUUUCUAUUGUAUUUGUUGCUCGAAAACUUUGUAUCCCAUUAGUGAACAUAGUUCAGUCCUGUAUGUGUUUACUCAGAUGUCCCACAGAAUUCAACAUAAUUACUCCCACCAUAAUGUUACAGAAUUUCAACAUAAGACGAUUCAAUCAAUUGUGUGGUUUUGGGAUUUAUAUUUAAUUCGAAAGUAUCUUAUAUGAAAGUAAGCCUUACUGACCUAAACCAUGCAGCUUACUAAUGAGUAUGCUUGAACUUGCAGCUUAAUGCCUGUGCUUCAUAAGCAAUUAUCCUGCUUAUCUUCACAAAAUUACAGCUAGCUUUUGGGGACAGAUUCAUAUUCGUUUUUGAUUAUCUUUCAGUGAAUGAAGUUAUCUCGAAGUAUUUAUCCAAGGAAUUAAUAGAAGAUGAUGGGAGCUUUUCCAUAGAAGAAAAUGGUUAGCUGAAAUUUUUAGAAAAUUUCACUUAGCCUACCAAUCUGAAAUUAAUUUACUAGUCUAAUUUAAAAUAAAAUCAAAGUAAUUAUUUCAGUUACAGGUUUUAUUUGUAACAAACUAGAAUGGGUUUUCUAUGAAGCAAAAGGAAAUGUGAUCAU